CCAACCCAGCCAGCUAUUCCCAUCCCAAAUCUCAAUUCAAACAUUAAAAAAAAAAAAAAUCCCAAAUAAAUCAAGAAGAAGAAGAAGAAGAGAUCAAGAACCAAAACAAUGGCGGCUUCUUCUCCUCCUCCGCCUCUUCUUCUCCUUCUCGCCGUCCUCAUCGUCCUCUUCCCGUCCUCCAUCGCCGCCGCGCGCUCAUUCCCAUCCCAUAUCUCAACAUCGAAGCUCUCAUCCUUCUCAGAAGCUCCCCAUUUCCGCAACAGCGAUGCAUGCUCCUCCGACGAGGUUGUUCACAUCGCCAUGACCCUUGACUCCCACUACCUCCGUGGUUCCAUCGCCGCCAUCCACUCCAUUCUCAAGCACACCUCCUGCCCUGAAGACCUCCACUUCCAUCUCAUCGUCUCCGACGAUGAUGAUCUCCACUCCAUCGUUCGCUCCAUCUUCCCUUCUCUCCGCUUCCAGAUUUAUCAAUUCAAUGAAGCUCGAGUCCGUGGCCUCAUCUCCCCUUCCAUCCGAGAAGCCCUCGAGAAUCCUCUCAACUACGCGCGAGCCUACAUCGCUGACCUCAUCGACCCUCGUAUUCGCCGCGUGAUCUACCUCGACUCCGACGUCGUCGUCGUCGACGACAUCCGCCGUCUCUGGGACACCCCCGUGCGAAGCUCUUCCGUUAUCGCCGCGCCCGAGUACUGCCACGCUAAUUUCACCCGAUACUUCACCGCCGCGUUCUGGGAGGGUAGUGGUGCCGGUGCCGGCGCUAAGGUGUUCGAAGGGAGGAGACGAAAGCCGUGUUACUUCAACACGGGGGUAAUGGUGAUGGAUCUUGUGAGAUGGAGAGAAGGAGGGUAUCGUCGGAGAGUUGAGGCGUGGAUGAGGGUGCAGAGAGGGAAGAGGAUCUACGAGCUUGGAUCACUGCCGCCGUUCCUUCUGGUGCUCGCCGGAGAUGUGGAAGGAGUGGAUCACCGGUGGAACCAGCAUGGAUUGGGAGGGGAUAACGAGACCGGGCGGUGCCGGGCUUUGCACCCGGGGAUGGUGAGCUUGCUCCAUUGGAGUGGGAGAGGAAAACCUUGGGAUCGUCUUGAUGCUGGUGAGCCAUGCCCCGUGGAUCAUCUCUGGGAACCAUAUGAUUUAUUCCGGCGAUCGCCGACGCCCUCCGCCACCGUUGCUUGGUAGGGUUCGGAGUCUUGGAGAUUUUGGGAAUUUGGGGAUUUUUUUUUUAAUUUAUUCAUUUAUUAUUAUUAUUUUUUGGCGUGAUUAUUUUGUCCAAUUUUAGAUGAGAAGGACAACAUGUAGAGGAUAUAUUAUUACAUUAUUAUUAUUAUUAUUAUUAUAUUUUUUUUUUCAUUUUUUUUUUUAAAAUUUGAAUUUGAGAGAGUGAUGUUAUAGGGCUGGAUAUAUUCAAUUGAUUCUUCCUGUUAUACUUUUUAAUGGAUUA